AUGGCCUGCCAAAUGGAAGAACGUAAAAACAGAAACAGAAUUCUAUACAAGGGUGACGAGUCAUUUAUCGUGCUCGCCAGCAGAGUACUCAACAGUGAGAGCAUGGCCCGGCUACGGCUGCUCCUGCUCGCGGCCGUCCUCGCGCUCACCGCCGGCACCUGCCGCAGCUUCGAGUUCCAGGAGGCCACCCUGGACGCCAUCCACCUGGGGUUCAAGAACGGCAGCCUGACGUCGAUGGCACUCGUCCAGCACUACCUGGGCCAGAUCAGCCGCCUCAACCCGCUGCUGCACGCCGUCAUCGAGGUCAACCCGGACGCGCUCAGGCAGGCGGCGCGGGCAGACGCCGAGCGGCGGUCGUCCGGUGACGGUCGGGUCGGCGGGCUGCACGGCGUGCCCGUGCUGCUCAAGGACAACAUCGGGACCCGCGAUGUGCUCAACACGACGGCCGGGUCCCUGGCGCUGCUGGGGUCGGUGGUCAGGCGUGAUGCUGGCGUGGUGACCAGGCUACGCCGCGCGGGCGCCGUCGUGCUCGGGAAGGCCAACAUGGACGAGUGGGCCAACUUCCGCAGCGCCAUCGGCACCGGCGGGUGGAGCGCGCGCGGCGGGCAGGGCAAGAUACGCAUCAUGUAUUAA